UCUCGCUAGAUGUAUCCCUACUUGUUUUGAAAUGUGCUAGUUCGGGUCUUAGACUAUUGGGUUCACUUAAGCCGGCACCUUCUGAGGCUAAUGUGAUCAUGAAACUUUUACUCACAUUGCUGCUUUCAGUAUUACAGUCCAACUCCCUUAAUGCACAUUCAGGUGUGGUAACCAAGGACAAUUCUGGUGAGGUCUUAUCAAAGGUUUCAAAUGCAACCCUGGGUCUACUACCCAUUCUUUGCAACUGUGUUGCGACUUCUGAUCAUUGCAUGCUAUCCCUGUCAGUCAUGGAUUUAAUACUGAGAAGCUUCUUGACACCCAGGACUUGGUUACCUGUCCUGCAGAAUCAUCUCCAAUUGCCAGUAGUUAUGCUUAAACUCCACGAUAGAAGUUCAACUUCUAUUCCAGUAAUAAUGAAGUUCUUUUUGACCCUUGCACGAGUUAGAGGAGGUGCUGAUAUGCUUUAUUGUUCCGGCUUUUUGUCAUCUGUGAGAGUGUUAUUUGCUGAAUCUGGUGAGGAUUUAUCGACCACUAGUGAGAAUCUUGGGGGCUCGUGCGAGAAGUUUGUAAUACCCCAGGAUAUUUGGGGGCUUGGAUUAGCUGUGGUUACAGCUAUGGUUAAAUCCUUGGGAGACCAUUCUUCUGGAACUGCUAUUGUGGAUAGCAUGAUACCUUACUUUUUUUCAGAGAAAGCUCAUUUUAUCAUUUAUUCUCUAAAUGCCCCAGACUUUCCUUCUGAUGAUCGUGACAAGAAAAGACCUCGAGCACAGAGGGCAUUUAUAUCUUUAGCUACUCUUAAAGAAACAGAACAUACUUUAAUGCUCAUGUGUGAGCUAGCAAAACAUUGGCAUUCGUGGAUUAAGGCAAUACGAAAUGUGGAUAGACAGCUUAGAGAGAAGUGUAUCCAUCUUUUAGCCUUCAUUAGCAGGGGAUCUCAACGCCUUGGUGAAUUGUCAAGCAGGAACGCCCCACUUUUAUGUCCACCUACCCUGAAAGAGGAUUUUGAAAUUUCCUCAAAACCUUCCUUUGUCAAUAGCAAAAAUGGAUGGUUUGCUCUUUCCCCACUUGGAUGUGUGCCAAAACCAAAGUUCUCUUCUUUCUCAACCACUUCUACCCAUGGCCAAGCAACUGAGAGUACUGAUCUUAUUCCGAAAACAUGCUUUUCUGAUACUGUAGCCCUGCAGGUAUAUAGAAUAGCAUUUCUUCUUUUAAAGUUUCUCUGUUUACAAACUGAGGGUGCUGCUAAAAGGGCUGAGGAGGUUGGGUUUGUUGAUCUUGCUCAUUUUCCUGAGCUGCCAAUGCCAGAAAUCUUGCAUGGAUUACAGGAUCAAGCUAUUGCCAUUACUACGGAACUCUGUCAAGCCAACAAACAAAGGGUCUCUCCAGAAAUACAGGAUGUUUGCAACUUACUGAUGCAAAUACUUGAAAUGGCCUUGCACUUGGAACUUUGUGUUCUACAAAUUUGUCGCAUAAGACCUGUAUCGGGGCGUGUGGAGGAUUUCUCAAAGGAAGCAAAAUCUCUGUUUAGUGCACUGGAGGGUCAUGCUUUUCUAAAAGCAUCUCGCAACUCUCUGAAACAGAUGAUAUCGUGUGUCUAUCCUGGAUUGUUGCAAGCAGAGAAUUUCAUAUAAGAUUUGAUGUAGACAAAAGAUCACAUUAUUAAUUGUACAGAAUUUCAUAGUGUUAGUCAGUCUUCUUACUUUGUAGCUAGGUAUUCCUUGUGUUUUUGAUUUAUAAUUGAUUUUUUUUUUCUGACC